ACGUGUAUACCACCCCUUUAAACGGGAAGUCCAUGUUGCUUUUUGAAUUAAGGAAUUAUUGAGGGCGUUUAGCAUAAAGAAUAAUAUUUGUAAGACAUCGAGUGAAGAAUUUUGACUUUUGUUGCAUUUAUGUUUUAUACAAAUUUGAAACUGAUACACGGGAAUAAUAAUUUGAUGGAGGCUAGUGUAAGGAAAGGAAAAAAUGGUACGAAACGUUAGACGAAAAAUGUUCGCGUUCUAUCCUUUACUGGGUGAUUUUUAUUCGAAUCGUACGCACGAAAAGUAUCUUAAUGUAAGUCUGACGAGUUUGAGAACAGUUUAAUACACGAUGCUAUGAUAAUUUGUGAGUUGGAACACAAUCACGACGAUAUUGCUUCCGUAUUAUCUAUUUUGUAUUACUAUAAUUUACAAGAAAGUGCAACUUAAGUUUUAAGAAAGAAUAGAUUGUAAUUAUCAAAAUGGAAGUGUGGUGGUUUUCUCGUGUGAUAGCUCAUCAUCCUUAUACCGUUGUAAUGGUAAUACUCAUAUUCUCUUCGACGUGCUUGAUCGUUCCUUUAGCUGUCAAAACGUUUCCAGAUUUCUCUGAUCCUCAAUUAGGCUUUCAAGCAAGAGGCACGAUGUUAGCACAACGACUCAUUGCUUGGAAAAAUUUGAUGGAAACAAACAAGCCGAGAGGACAGCUCACUGACAAUCCUUUAGAAUAUUAUAAUUAUUUGCGCCAAUCAAAUCAACAGGUAGUUCAGAAUCUACAGAAUUCUGUCAAUGCACAAAAUCACAGCUGGAUCAAUCAAGGUAUCGUCAGAAAGAAACCCAAAAAUAAAAAGAAAGGAGGAAAGAAGUAUCAAAAAGAAAUAACUAACAGAACGUCAGAAAUAGAUCAAAUCGAUGGUAAAGAUAAAUGGAAAAAGUUAAUACAGUUGACGAACAGAAAUGAAUUGAAUAUAGCAGAGGAUUAUAAGAACGAAGACCACGUCGAGAGCGAAAGUUUCUUUUGUAAUUUACCGUCUUCUGCUUAUGCACGUGUAGUUAUAGGUAGAGACUCUGAGAAUACGAACUUGUGGUCAAUGGAGGGCGUGUUGGCACAGUGUCAUAUCGACGCAGAGCUUCGAUCGAAUCCUCACUUUCCCUCUUUAUGUCAGAUGCAAAUGGAACAUAACGGCGGAAGACAAAAGUGUUGCAGAAGUUGGUCGCCAGCAAAUUACGUUGCACUUUUAUCCAAUCGUAGUUCUUGCCUGGGUGUGACAGAAAAUGAUCUCAGUCGUGUAGAAACCCUUUUACAAAGAUGUGUUUACUUCUAUAGAAAUCUUCGCUUAACAUCAAACUGCGCAGAGGAUUUAAAUUGUCAAAGACACGUUCCAAGCGAAUGUUACACCCAUAAUGCUGCUUAUCAUUUGCUGCACUAUUUGUUAGAUACAGAUUUUAUAUCGGAUCAUAAACAACAUUCUCAAACCAAAUUUAAUUCGACGCUGAAAUAUGUUAUGAUAUUUUUACCAAUUGCCGUAAGCUCAGCUACUUUGGACUUUUAUAAAGAGUUAAACAAUGACGGUCUAUUUUAUGGAAAGUUUUGUAUAAAAGGGAUGCAAUUAGGUUUGAAAAGUACAUUGUUCGACAGACUGUUGGUAUCAGAUUCGAUUUUAUUGGUGAUUGGUUUUGUCUUCGUAACAGUUUGCAUAUGGGCAUACACCGGCUCUCUGCUGCUAACUGUGACAACGAUCAUCGCAGUAAUUUUUAGCCUUGGCAUUUCGUACGCAUUGUACACUCUAGUUUUGCACAUUAAAUUCUUUCCGUUCAUCAAUGUUUUGGCAAUCGUGGUUGCUGUGGGGAUAGGGGCAGACGAUGCAUUUAUAUAUUGCAAAAUUUGGGAAAAAGGAAAGGAACAAAAAACAUCGAACGAUGGAUUGGUCAGGCUGGUGCAAGAGACGAUGAAACAUGCUGUUCCAUCUAUGUUCGUGACAUCUUUAACCACUGCAGUUGCUUUUUUUGCAUCGGUUGUUAGCAAUGUUACCGCCAUCAAUUGUUUCAGCUUAUUUUCAGGAAUGACUGUCAUCGCAAACUUCUUUCUGAUGGUUACCUGGUUACCAGCAUGCGUGGUGCUGUCGGAACAAUUUAAUCUGAACGUUUUAUCGCCUGCAAACUAUAUAGUGCGAAAAAUUAUUCGACCUUUGCGACUGUUUGGACACAAACUGUCGAUAGGCUUUAAUACCUUCUUGACGAAGAUAGUAAUCAAUUUCCGGUGGUGUUGGAUGUUCAGUUUGGGCGCCAUGGCAGCCAUAUGUUCCGUCAUUGUUUUCCAUUACCCGGGUUUACAAUUACCAGACACCGCUGAUUUUCAAUUGUUCGAUAGCUCUCAUACGUUCGAACGAUACGAUUUUAUAUAUUCCCGGAAAUUCUGGUUCGAAAAACAUGAAACGAUUGAUAAUGGAGAUCUGUUACCGUUGAGAUUUGUAUGGGGAAUAAAGCCAAUCGAUAACGGCAAUUAUCUGGAUCCUGAUCUAAAGGGUACACCAGAGUGGGACGAAUCUUUCGACGUGUCGCAACCAGAAUCGCAAUUAUGGUUGGAACGAUUUUGCCAGGACCUGCGAACCCAGCCUUUCUAUCACGAUACUUUGGGACCUUUGCUGACUAAUUGUUUCAUCGAGUCGUUGCACAAUUGGAUGAAAAGGCGUUGCGAGGAUCCGGUGGAUUCGAACAUCAACUAUACGCCAUGUUGCGAGAAAAGCACAUUUCCAUACAAUUCCACCGUGUUGCAACAAUGUGCAGCCGAAGCAAACGUGGAACUAUAUCGUACACCCUCGUACCUGUGGGCUCGUAACGGUGUUUCCGCUGGUCUAAAGUUUUUGAACGAAGCUAAUCUCACCCAAGUACAAGCGUCGAACGAAACUAAUUCAAUAAUGGCGCCGGUACCUAAGAUUAAAGUUUUAAUCGUUGAAUAUGAUAGUAUAUAUAACUACAGCCUUUCCUUCUCGAGUAUGGAUCAAUUCUUUCAUCAGGUGGAAACUUGGAUGCAGGAUCAAUUGAAGAAUGCGCCACUGGGUAUGCAAGGUGGUUGGUUCGUUAGUAAAUUAGAGUUUUAUGAAUUACAGCGAACGUUGUACGAAGGUACACUUUGGGCAAUGGGACUUUCAUUGAUCUUGGCGCUUACAGUAUUGGCUUUCGCGACGCUUAAUCCUAUUAUCAGUCUAUACGCAAUUGUAACAAUUGCUGCAGCAAUUAUAGUAACAGUUGCUGGUCUGAUACUUUUUGGAUGGAAGCUGGAUGUUUUAGAAAAUGUUGCUGUGUCGACAGCUAUAGGUUUGACUAUAGAUUUCAGUUUACAUUACGUAGUAAGUUAUAAAGCAUGCACUUCGAAAGAAAGGAAGGAGAGAGUGAAAACUGCGCUUGCGCGAAUGGGGGGCCCAACUUUAAUGGCCUCCCUGACAAGUGGCGCCGCUGGAGCGUUCAUGUUACCGUCUUGCGUAAUGGCGUAUAUUCAAAUCGGUACAUUUUUAUUGCUCGUAAUGGGCAUAAGUUGGAUAUACGCUACGUUCUUUUUGUGUCCUGUGCUAGCUAUUGUUGGACCGUCGACACACUUUGCCCAAUUUCACUAUCCAAAAUUAAACGUAUUGUGGAAAUACCUUCGAAAAAACAAGCCUAGAAAUGUGCCUGAAACAACUACAGAUAAUAGUAGAAUUAGAAGGAAAGCUAAAGGACGAGGAAUGUGGUCGGAAUCUACUUUAAGUACAUCCAGUACAGUGUGUCAAUUUCACUGUAACGAAAUAGAAAUUUUUACGAGGCCACCGCCAUCACCAUCCCUACCUCCAUCACCGUCAUCUGCAUUACUUCAUUGAGAUAGUGAUAUUUUUUGUUGUAUUAAACGGUGAAAAAUAAU